CCAGGUUAGAGCUAGUCUCUUGAACUGUUCGUUUGACAGUGGGUGUAAGAGCAGCUGUUCUAGGCCAUAACAAAGAUCCAUAAAGCUCCAUCUUCUCUCAGAAGUGGCAAGUAGUGGAUACCUAUGAGAAACAGGGGAAAAAAGUCCUGAUAGUCUAUGCACAUCAAGAGCCCAAGUCCUUCAAUGGAUCUUUGCUGAAGAUUGCUGUGGAAGAGCUGACCAAGCAGGGCUGCAGCGUCACCGUGUCGGAUUUGUACGCCAUGCAGUUUGAGCCCAGAGCAACAAGGAAUGACAUUGUUGGUCACCUGCACAACCCAGAAGCCUUCAAUUAUGGUGUAGAAACUUGGCAAGCUUACAAGAGAGGAAGCUUGUCCAAAGACCUGGUUGAAGAGCAGAAGAAAGUGCAGGAAGCAGACCUGCUGAUUUUCCAGUUUCCCUUGUUUUGGUUCAACAUGCCUGCAAUCCUGAAGGGCUGGAUGGACAGAGUCUUGGUCCAAGGCUUUGCUUAUGAUUUGUCAAAGGUUUAUGACGGUGGUUUGCUCCAGGACAAAUUAUCCUUGUUUUCUUUCACUACGGGGGGAAGCAAAGAGAAGUAUGCAAGCAGUGGUGAUAUUCGCUAUCUCCUAUGGCCCAUGCAGCAUGGAAUCAUGCACUUCUGUGGUGUCAAAGUCCUUGAACCUCACAUCUGUUAUGCUCCAGAGAAUGUCUCUGAGGAGAAGAGGAAGGAGAUGCUGGCUGCCUGGAGCCAGCGCCUGAAGACUCUUUGGAAGGAAGAACCCAUAGACUGCUCUCCUGAGUGGUAUUUCAAGUAGUGUUCAGGUGCAAGGCUACAGAGACAAGAUUUUCUUUUGUUCCAUUCUUUUUGAUGCUCUAUCUAAAUACCUGAACACUAAUCUCCUAAUUCAAAUAUAUUUUAAGAAUCUUGAAUACUACAUCUAUCAGUUUAACUGGCAACAUGGCAUUUAUCCUCAGUGAUUCCCAAGGGAUUCCCUUCAAGGCUGGGUGCAAAACUCUUUGUGUUGUUCUCCUUGUUCACUUAAACGGUGUCAUCCUG